AUGUAUGGCCAAAAAAGCAAAGAAAGGGAGCGUCCCUAUCUUCGAGAUCCGGACGAUCCAGAAUACAUCAAGGAGCUUCAACGGCCAGCGGUAAUCAAAGAGGAUUUGUCAGAGAUGGAGAGACGAAAAAGGGUGCAACAGAUACUCGAAUCAAAAUCAUUCUGCCACGAGUUGGAGGAGGUUAUUCGCCAGGAGUGUGACACGGCUAAAACCGAUCCCGACCAUUUGCAAGUGCUCCAGAAGCUAGCAGAUCUUACCGUCCCUCAGGGAAACAUGUCAUUUGGCAAUCUACACACAUACGGAGGUAACACGAUUGCUAUUGCGGACCUACGAGGCAAUGAUACUUACUCAAAAGUCGAGCGCAUCCAACGCAACAAACUUGCGUGCUUGUUCCGUCUGGCAGAUCUGUUCCAGUGGUCACAAGGGAUUCAUAAUGAGAUUUCGUAUCGUACCAAUGACGAAGAAAACAGCUUCUUGAUGAAUCCAUAUGGGCUUCUUUACCAUGAAAUCACCGCUGCAACCAUUGUGAAAAUCAAUGAGGAUGGGAAGAUCCUGGACUGUGGAUUGGUGAAAGCUGGUGUGAACCAGCCUGCAUUUCUUCUUCACUCAUCAAUUUACAAAGCUCGUCCAAUGGUCAGAUGCAUUCUUCAUAUGCAUACUGCAAUUGUUGCCGCUGUGGCCAGUAUGAAGUUCGGGCUGUUGCCACUUUGUCAGGAGGCGAUGGUGAUUGGACCAGUUGGAUAUCAUGAUUAUCAGGACAUUGGUGAUGAUGAAAUUCCAUUCGACCAGCUGAUCGAGAGCCUUGGUGACAAAAACGUUCUUUUCCUCCGAAAUCAAGGAUUUCUUGUUGUCGGUGACACUAUUGAGCAUGCAAUGUUUUUAGCCAACAAUACUGUGAUCGCAUGUGAAACUCAGGUGCGAGCUGCUCGGGCUGGACUUGACAAUCUCAUUAUUCCGGAUGAGAAAGCGAUUCAGAGAGCUUUUCGGAAUUCGAGAAACACCAACUCUUUGAAAAGAAAUGGAACUGUUGAAUGGCGAGUCGGAGAACUAGAGUGGGAAUCAUGGAUGAGAGUACUGGAUCAUGCGAACUUCCGAACUGGACACGUCUAUCGUCAACCCCAACUUAGACCAAAGUCUGCAAUGUCUACAUCUAUGGUGAACAACAACGACGUGGCACUUCCACCAACUACGUCAGCAUACGGACAAAUCGAUGAGACAAACUUGGAGAGCGUCUCUGCUCAUCGUCUCGCAUUGUUGCGCAAGGAACAGGAGCGAGUCCGUUGGUUGAAUAGUCCGAAUGCAUAUCAGAAAGUGGAAAUCAUGGAGUAUGGAGCAGAUAAUCCAAAGAAAGUUACCAAGUGGGUCCACGACGUUAACAUCCCAUCUGCAAGCGGUACUCCAGUCAAAAUUAGCAGUGUUCACCAGUUCAGUCCUGCUUCUUCGAACCCUAAGGAGUUCAAAGAAAAGCAGCAGGCAAUCAAAGAGAAUAAUCGUCUAGGAACUGUCACUCCCGGUCCAAAGAGUCAGAUUUUGGAUGGUGUCACUUAUGAAGAUAUUUCAAUUGUUAUUCAGGCCUGUAACUUUUUUAAUAGACAAGAAACAAGGCCUGCAAAAACCCGACAAAGACCCGAAUUAAAAAUAUGCCAAUAUUUUCAGCCAGACUCUGAUGGUACCAUCGGACAAAGUUCUUCAUCUGAUCGCGCAAUUCUCAUCGGAACCGCUAGCAAAGGAAUCAUUGAUCGACAGUAUCAACAUCACGCUCAAGUUUAUCAACAAAUCUAUGCACCGAACCCAUUCUCCAUUGAAACCGAUGAAGAUAUUCGUAAGUAUGUGGCUAUGGUAAAAGCGAAGAAUGCCCAAGGAACUACCCCUAGAAGUGUAAUGAGCUAUUCUCAAUAUGAUGACGUGGAAGCUGAUGCAGUAUCGCUAAUGCAAGGUAUUAGAGAGCACAAACUCUCCCAAGCAGCCUUGAGUGCUUCUGACGAUGGAUUGAAUGCUGGAAUCUCUCCAACAAGUCAGAACAACGGACGGUCCCGAAACGGGACCGCCGGUCCCAUCUUCGGACCACCGGUCCCAAAAAUUUACUUUUUGACAGGAAUUUUUCACAAAAUAUUAAGUUUUUUGUAUUUUGAUUUUCCAGUUCAAACCUCCGAAGAAAGCGUCAACACGUCGUAUAUGAGCCAGUCAGUUGUGUUCGAUUGUGACCCGUCUUUCCCCGUGUCAAUGUCACCGAUGUUAAUUGAGAAGUUCGACGAGAAGCAGUGUCUGGAAGCGCAAGGAACCAGCGAAGGCACUACUACAUCGCGAUCCUGUACAACGGCGUCCGAAGAAGAGAAAAAGGAUGAGAAGAAAAAGAAGAAAAGAGGCCUACUUUCAUUCAUGCGCAGAAAGGACAAAAGAAUCAAUAAUCAAUAA